CGGAGGGGCGGGGCCGCGCGGAGUCAGCGGCGCAGGCAGGGAUGAGAAACUUGUCCCGGAUAUUUACCUAAAGUCUACCUGGCUCCUCCGACGCGCCCCGUGCCGAGGUGUCUCACUGCCAACACUCACGGGAUCAUGAUCCGUCUCUGAAGCGGGACGACUGAGAAUAGACUGUGGCAGAAGAAGAAGAAGAAGAAGAAGAAGAAGAAGAAGAAAAAAAAAAAGAAGUCUUGAUUUGGGUUGAAAGCAUCAUAAGAAAAGACAGAAACACAGAGAGACAGGCCUGCCCACAGCCAUUAAUCGUUCACCUGGAGAGCAACACAGGACACAUGUCCCCUCUCAGUGACGAGCUGAGGGCAGGGUGUUUGUCUUGAGAGGGAGGCAGAGUUACCGUGGUAACAGACAUGCCAAAACCGGACCUGCUCUGCCUAGUUCAGCUGUUGAACGGCACAAUCGAGACCUUCAGAGUCAGCAAGCAGGAUGAAGGCGUGGUCCUGUUGGACCAAGUGUGUGACCACCUGGGCCUGCAGGAGCGGCAGCUCUUCAGUCUGCAGAUCAGAGAAUCCAGCACAGCGAUCGCCUCAAUCACAGCCAACACACACUCUCCGAGAUGGCUGGAGCCUGAGAAACCCUUGAAGAAGCAGAUUAAAGGUCUUGCGUCUCCCUUUUAUCUGAACUUCAGAGUGCGAUUCUUUAUCUCUGAUCCCAACUCUCUGCAGCAUGAACAGACAAGACACCUGUACUUCCUCCAGAUCAGGAGCGACAUUAGAGAAGGACGGUUGCAGUGCCCGCUGAGUGCAGCAGUAGUGUUGGCCUCGUAUGCUGUGCAGUCGGAGAUGGGGGGUCACUGCCCGUCCCAACUUCCUGGUUACCUCUCAAAGUGCCACUUUAUCCCUGAACAAGAUGAAGACUUUCUAUGUAAAGUGGAGGAUCUGCAUCCACAGCACAAGGGGCUAAAGCCGAGCGAGGCGGAGUUGUGUUUCCUCAACACAGCACGGACACUGGAGCUGUAUGGAGUGGAGCUGCAUGUUGCCAUGGACGUCAACAAUGCUCCUCUGAUGGUGGGUUUGGCCUCAAGUGGUGUCGCAAUAUUCUGUAAUAUGAUUUGCUCCAGUUUCUUCCCCUGGGGGAAUAUAAUCAAGAUUUCAUUUAAGAGGAAACGUUUUCUUAUACAUCUGAAACGUAAACAUGGAGAGACCCAGGACUGUGAGGUGCCUCUGAUUCUGCCCUGUCCCAAAACCUGUAAAAACCUGUGGAGGUCCUGUGUGGAUCAUCACUCCUUCUUCUGCUCCAGCCGCUCCGCCAGGAGCCUCAAACACAACAACAACACAGUUCAGUCCUACACAAAGUUGAUAACACAGCACCUGGGCCUCAGCAACAGCAAAACUGAGAGUGGUCCAGUCUGCCAGCGAGUGGUUGGAGGGAUGGUGUGGAACCCAGUCCUGCAGAGAUCAAUUUCAUCAGAGUGCCUCGAGACCAAGAGUCUGCCUUCCAGAUCGCCCCCCUCCACCCCAAACUGGCGAAGUCCUCGAGUUCGUCACGGUAUCCGUAAACAUCGUCCCUCCUCGGUGGAGCUGACCAAUGAACUGAAAGACAUGUCGGAGGGGGAGGACGUCUUCUACACUUACAGGGUGUCUGUGGGCAGCAGCAAGGACAGCGAGGGAGAAACUUCACCCCAUCAUUUUUCUGCCACUUUUAGCAGAGGGCCUGAUGACGCUCUGUUCCAAGUGGACGACAGUAUCGGAGAGGAGGAAAGCCACAACGACAAGGGUGCUCUCGGCGAUGGCGACUUGAUGCUCAUAUGUAUUGCCCCUGAUCACGAGGGCAAGUUUGGCUUCAACGUUAAAGGAGGCGUGGAUCAGAAGAUGCCUCUAGCCAUAUCCAACGUUAAACCUGACUCUCCGGCAGGUCGAUGUGAGCCCAAACUCCUGGAGGGUGACCUGGUGGUUCUCAUCAACGGUCGAGACAUUUCUGAACACACACACGACCAGGUUGUCAUGUUCAUACGAGCCAGCAGAGAGUCGCACUCCAGACAGCUGGCCCUUCUCAUCAGACGUAAAGGUCCUGGCAGAGUGGCACCCCUUCUGCAGUUACCUCCCGCCCUCACGUUCACCGGCCAAUCGCAGGGGGACAAAGUGCAGUCACCUGGCCAGUCGGAGCGGGUCACGACAUUGGAGGAAUCGAUGAGACAGCUUGAGAGAGGAAUACAGUCUGGCACGCUCUGUUUCCAUUUUGAGAAUUUAUACAGGAGGAAGCCCGGUUUGUCACUAAACUGUGCUCGGCUCCCUGAGAACAUGGACCAGAAUCGAUACAAGGAUGUUUUGCCUUAUGAUGCUUGCCGAGUGGUGCUCCAGGGCCAGGAGGACUACAUCAAUGCCAGCCACAUCACGGUGGCGCCCCCAGUGUCUGGUGUGUGUUUACGUUACGUUGCGGCUCAGGGCCCGUUGCCACAGACCUGCACUCACUUUUGGCAGACUGUUUGGGAGCAGCAGACACACACCAUCAUCAUGCUUACAACUCUGACAGAGCGGGGACGGACCAAGUGCCACCAGUACUGGCCGCAUCCACCAGAAGUGAAGGACUACGGGCACAUGCGGGUGAAGUGUCACUCCGAGGAGUGUAACCUGGCGUAUGUGAUGCGACAGUUCACUCUGACACACACACAGCGGAGUGAGGAGCGUGCAGUCACACACCUGCAGUAUGUUGCGUGGCCGGACCACGGUGUACCCGAUGACCCUUCGGACUUCCUGCUGUUCAUCAGUUCAGUUAGGGAGAGGAGGAGAGGCGAAGAGCCACUAAUGGUACACUGCAGUGCUGGGAUUGGACGGACAGGUGUUCUGAUCACUAUGGAAACGGCACUGACUCUGUUGGACGACAGUCGGCCGGUGUUCCCGCUGGAAAUUGUCAGAACACUCAGAGAUCAGCGAGCCAUGAUGGUUCAGACCACGUGUCAGUUCCAGUUUGUGUGUGAGGCCAUCCUGCGAGUCUACAAAGAGAAACAGGGGGGAUCUGCAGCACCUUAACCGAAAACCGGCAACAGGACCAGAACAGACACACUUGACCAUUUCGUAGAAAGCGACUUCCACAGAAGGAUUCACUGUAGCUGGUUGACUUCUGUCAUGCCAAUGUGACUGGAAAAUAAGAGCAUAACUAGCCUCAGAGCACGGCUGUCUGCGGUCUGUGUUGCCCUGAUUCAAUGUGAGCAUAUGAAUCUUAAACCUAGUCGGCCUUAGUUUUUGGAGAUCGUGGAUUGAGCUUGUAGAGGCUGUGGUCUCCAUAGAGACUGAUGCGAGCUGCUAGUUUCUGUCCAUGAGGCCAAUCAGCAACAAUGCCUCUACUUACUAAGCUAUAUGUGCCUUGGACUCGUGCCUCCCUGUCAUUGGAUCGAUUCGAGGCAGCAGAGGCAGACCAGGAUCAUUAUAAUCUGUAGUUAGUGUGCAGCACGAUGUGUGCGUCCAAUGUCGGCGAGCAAGGCAGACUUUAGAUCACCACCGCAUAUACCAUAAGGUCACGGUGGUGCUGCACUGCAUGCUGUCCGCCAGAGGAGCACCCAAACCCACUGUUCAUCACUCUUAAAUUAUUAAGACACUAAAUAAACACACUGAUUUAUA